GAAUCUCCUCCACCUUUACUUUGUCAUUUUUCUGCGCUUUCAUUGAAUCGCACUGCAAGAGCCGCAUCGAUCUAAAGCCUGCAGCAAUCCCAGCACGACAACGUACACUCCUGUCCCUUAUCAGAUGAGGACUACAUCAGAAGACUGCUUUAUUUUCAAACGGGUGGACUGAAUCCCCACUUACACUGGACGAAGUGAGAGCCAGCACCGUGGGAGAAAGAUUUCCCGUCGCAGAAACGUCACUUCUCUGUAGUUGGCUAAUGAUUUUUAGUAAUUCCCAACUUGUCUUAAUCAACGCAGGACAAAACACAGCGAUGAUAGGACUUCAGAACGCUCAUGAGAGCUUUAUUUCGGCAUUUUAUCUCUGAAUUUCGACAUUAAGUAUACCACAGCCGGUUACUACGAGGAUUAAAACCGAUAUUUGUGUUUUUUUACGAGGGAAAUACAAUGCCGGACCAGAUCACAGUGGCGGAGUUUGUGGCGGAGACGAAUGAAGAUUAUAAAUCGCCCACCGCCUCAAACUUCACCACUAGAAUGACUCACUGCAGGAAUACUGUAACCGCACUGGAGGAGGCACUCGAUGUGGACCGCAGUGUCCUUUACAAGAUGAAGAAGUCCGUUAAGGCCAUUUACACCUCCGGUCUGGCUCAUGUGGAGAACGAGGAGCAGUACACUCAAGCUCUGGAGAAGUUUGGAGAGAACUGUGUUUACCGAGAUGACCCUGACUUGGGAUCAGCCUUCCUGAAGUUCUCAGUCUUCACAAAGGAGCUCACAGCCCUCUUCAAGAACCUGUUUCAGAACAUGAAUAACAUCAUUACCUUCCCAUUGGACAGUCUGCUAAAGGGAGAUCUGAAAGGGGUUAAAGGGGAUCUCAAGAAGCCCUUUGAUAAAGCCUGGAAAGACUAUGAGACUAAAGUUUCUAAAAUCGAGAAGGAGAAAAAAGAGCACGCCCGACAGCACGGAAUGAUCCGGACGGAGAUCAGUGGAGCGGAGAUAGCAGAGGAGAUGGAGAAGGAGCGCCGUUUCUUUCAGCUUCAGAUGUGUGAGUACCUCCUCAAAGUCAAUGAAAUCAAAAUCAAGAAAGGUGUCGACUUGCUUCAGAAUCUCAUCAAAUACUUUCAUGCACAGUGCAACUUCUUUCAGGAUGGUCUCAAAGCAGUGGACAACCUCAAACCCUCAAUAGAGAAACUCGCUACAGACCUGCACUCGAUCAAACAGGUACAGGAUGAAGAACGCAGGCAGCUAACCCAGUUACGGGACGUUUUAAAGACCACUCUGCAAGUGGAGCAGAAAGAGUCUAGGAGAGACUCCCAGGUUAGACAGAGCGCCACCUACAGUCUACACCAACCCCAGGGUAACAAAGAACACGGGACAGAGCGCAGCGGGAACCUCUACAAGAAGAGUGAUGGGCUGCGGAAAGUGUGGCAGAAGAGAAAGUGCACGGUCAAGAAUGGUUAUUUGACCAUCUCGCACGGGACGGCUAACAGACCUCCUGCCAAACUCAAUCUUCUCACCUGUCAAGUGAAGCACAACCCAGAGGAGAAGAAAAGUUUUGACCUCAUCUCCCAUGACAGAACUUAUCAUUUCCAGGCAGAGGAUGAGCCAGAGUGUCAAAUAUGGAUCUCAGUGCUGCAGAACAGCAAGGAGGAGGCGCUCAACAACGCCUUUAAGGGUGACCAGCAUGUUGGCGAGAACAACAUUGUGCAGGAGCUGACCAAGGCCAUCCUGGGUGAGGUCAAGCGGAUGGCGGGUAACGACGUCUGCUGUGACUGCGGAGCUCCCGGCCCCACGUGGCUCUCCACCAACCUGGGCAUCCUGACAUGCAUCGAGUGUUCAGGGAUCCAUCGGGAGCUGGGCGUUCACUACUCCAGAAUCCAGUCACUAACACUAGAUGUUCUCAGCACCUCAGAGCUCUUGCUGGCCAAGAACGUGGGGAAUGCUGGGUUUAAUGAGAUCAUGGAAGCUUGUCUGACAGCAGAAGAUGUCAUCAAACCAAAUCCCUCCAGUGACAUGCAAGCGAGGAAAGACUUCAUCAUGGCUAAAUACACAGAGAAGCGCUUCGCUCGUAAGAAGUGUCCGGAUGUGCUGUCCAAACUGCACACGCUCUGUGACGCCGUGAAGGCCCGGGACAUCUUCUCUCUCAUCCAGGUCUAUGCUGAGGGUGUGGACCUAAUGGAGCCCAUUCCUCUGGCCAAUGGCCAUGAACAGGGUGAGACAGCCCUUCAUCUGGCCGUGAGACUGGUGGACAGAACCUCCCUUCACAUCAUUGACUUCCUCACCCAGAACAGUUUAAACCUGGAUAAGCAAACGGCUAAAGGAAGCACCGCGCUGCAUUACUGCUGCCUGACGGACAACAGCGAGUGUCUCAAACUGCUGCUGAGAGGAAAAGCCUCUAUAGACAUCGCUAACGAGGCUGGUGAGACGCCGCUGGACAUCGCCAGGAGACUCAAACACCUGCAGUGUGAAGAACUGCUGAACCAGGCGCUUGCAGGGAAGUUCAACGCUCAUGUGCAUGUGGAGUACGAGUGGAGACUUCAGCAUGAAGACCUGGACGAGAGUGAUGAAGAUCUGGAUGAGAAGUCCAGUCCUCACCGGCGGGACGAGAGGCCGUUUAGCUGCUACACUCUGGGCAGUAAUUCCCUUCAGCCCAGUCCGGCCAGCCUGACACGAGACGCACGGGACAUGGUCAAAGACAAGCAGCGGUUUGUGCCCAACCUGGUCAACAACGAGACCUAUGGAACCAUCAUCAACACCAACUCUCCGGUCGCCCUGUCCAGCUCCGCUCCUCCUCUUCCUCCCCGAAAUUUAGUUCAGCCGUCUGGUCUUGCUGGAAUGGUUCAGGGAUCUCCCGGUUGGAAACCUGGCUCCCUAGACCUGACUGGCAGGCAGCGAUCUUCCUCUGACCCCCCCAACAUGCAUCCUCCAGCGCCCCCCUUACGGGGCACAUCCACUUCCCUUCUUGUGCCCAGCGGAGCUCCUGUGACUAAAACUAGCAGUGUGAUGGAGCCCAUGACUAUACACCCCAAACCCGCCCCGGGGCCUCCUGGGCAGAACAUCAACCGGACUACAAGCACGGAUAAAACCUUCAGUAAAAGCACACUGAUGCGCUCCGGAUCCAUCGAGAGACCAGGCAGAUGUCAGAGAAACCAUGUUGACUCCAAAGAAGUUCCUGGAGGCCCCCAAAACAGCACUGGUCAAACUCUGCCUGCUACACACAUGCCCAGGAAAACUUACCUGAAGCCGAAGCGUGUGAAGGCCAUGUAUAACUGUGUGGCUGAUAACCCAGACGAGCUGACGUUCUCUGAGGGUGAGGUGAUCGUGGUGGAUGGUGAGGAGGACCAGGAGUGGUGGCUGGGCCACAUAGAGGGAGAGCCAAUGAGACGAGGAGCGUUUCCUGUCACAUUCGUGCAGUUCUUCAUGGACUGAAGUUCAGAGAUCAGAGACAUGGAGUUGGACCGAUGACGGCACUUCUCUGCUUCUGUGUGGCCUCGCUGAACAUCAUCAUGAUCAUCAUUAUCUUCAUCCCCUUAAUCUUGAAGCUUGUGUCUGAGCUUCCAAAAUCCCUGGCUCGAGCGACGCUGGAAUAUAACCACUUUUUGUUUUUGGUUUGUGGACCAGACUUGCAUAAAUGCAUUUUUAACUUAUUUUAUCGUCACCACAGUUCUAAUGACAAAUGUCAUCAUAAUGAAGGUUUUAUUCUGAAACCAUUCACAUCCUUACUCCUUUAAUACAGACCGCUCUACAGCGUACGUGUGUUUUUGAAGUACACAGAUCUGUGAAAAUGGUCUUAUUUGCCCACGUUCCAUGAUUGGCAAGGAAAGACGGAAGGAUAAUCAGAGAAUCGCUGACUUUUGAGUACUCUGUUGGAAAAGAGCUUCGUCAACGGUGCUAAACCAGGAAUAUGCUACGAGAGCCGUCCAACUUUCCCGUUUCACACUCCCUGCCCCAGUGCUGAGUGUAUAAAUAGGCCUGCCAUUGCUCACACAUGGGAGAUAUCUCAAGUGCAGCGUGUGGACGAGAGAGACCGAGAAACAGACCGACACGAGAGUGCUCUGUGCUGGCUGAGGGACAGGGGACUGAAUGGAAGUAAUCUUGACCCUGUGCCUGCUGGGAGAUUUGAGCAGCGUGCCAGUUUGCAUGAACAUUCGGUGGCCUCCAGAGAGAGCAACGGAGCAUCAAGGUGGUUUAUUUCUGUAUAGAUAUUUAUAAUUCAGAGCUGUCCUUCUGCGUUCUUGAUUUAGAUGCUUUUAUUGAUUUGAAUGAUCUUUUGCAGACCUUCCUUCAGCGUGCAGGCCGUUUGUCUUCAGAGGUCUGCGGAACGCUGUCAUUUAUCAUUCGUUCUUAAAGUGAUAGACCAAAAAUGAAAGUAUGGUCAUUUGUUUAAGCUCAUGUUCUUUCAUAACAGGAACUGUGGGUGUUGUGUACUGUCACUCUAUUCCAAAUCUAAUGAAGUAGCCAUUGUAACUUUGUGUGAGAAAGAAACUAAUAUUUAAAUGGAUUGUUCAGCAAAACACUUUCAUGUCGUUCCAAACCUGUAUGAGUUAUUUAUUCGAAGGAACACAAAAGCUAUUUUGAAGAACGUGGGAACCAAACAACAUUGGAGACUAUUGACUUGUAUUGUUAAGACAAAAAUUACUUAUUUUCAAUAAUAAUGUCAUUUUGUGUUUGACAAAGUCGUACUGAUUUGGAAUGAGGGAGAGUAUUAAUUUGUUAUUCACUGAAAAUCAUCUUCUGUGGUUCUCAUAUUCCAUUCAGUUUAAACAUGCUGUGUCAAGACAUGCCAAGCCAGUUUUAUGAGAACCGAACUUGAUAAACGAAUGAUGUCAGACUUGGCACAGCAUGUCACAUUAGAGUCAAAAGCAAGUUUGAAUGAGUUAAAGGGGAAGAUAUUAAGUGAAUAACAUUCUUACCCAUUUGUUGUGUUAGUCCCAACACAGGAGUUCUGGGUACUUGCAAUUUAGCACAAAAAUGUACAAUGUCAUUGUUGUCUUUUUUUGUAAGAGCUUGGCGGGGUUUGUUGUCAUUAUGGGAAAAAGCACUCUUGACAUUUUAAAAUAUUUAUCCUGGCUGGUUCUGUGGAAGAUAAAAAGGUUUGAAAUAUGAAGGAAAGCAAAUGACAGAAUUUUUCUUUUUUGGGUGAAUGAUCCUUUUAAGAUGCUCUUACCUUUCUCCAGUGUACAAAAAAAUAACAUUGAACAUUUUUUUUUUACUUUGAGAUCUCCAAAACCUAUUCAAUUUUAACAGAUUCCAAGGUGACAGUUUGAGAUGUUCCCAGAGUCUCUCAGCGUUGGCUGGCCAGAUGGGUGUUCCCUGAACCAGUAAUAACUCUGCAUCUCUCUAAUUGUAUUCCAGGGGAAAUUAAAAUCCCUCAUGUCAUUUCCCCUCACAACACUUCUCUUAAUCCUUUCUAAAGCUUUGAAAUGCUCAUCCAUCUGUAAUUGUGUGCAGGAGUAACACAGCAGAGCGUUAUGUGUCAUGAGUGUUUGAUGUGGUUGCAGAGCAACUUAAUAGAGUCUAUUAUGUAACUUUUAAUUAAAGUCAUGUUAGUCUUGAUUGAGCUCGGACCGGAGUGACCUGUAAUUAUCUGGGUUCAGCUCACUGUAUGCGGCCGGCACCUGAUUGUAGAUAAAUGUAGACUUUACUUUGUGCAUAUUUAAUUGUAAACAGAGAGCUAAACUGAUAAUGUUUUGACGUAUUGUUAGAUAAGACUGUUACAGUACACUUUUAACUAAGUUGAAAACAACCUCUAUUCACCUGUUUACCAUAAACAUCAUUGAUGCUAAUAUAUAAAUAUAUGUACAAAUAAAUGGGAAAACUGGAAUUAAAAACCUGCAAAUGAA